AUGGUGUAUAGAUACAGCUCUCUUCGGCAUACCGGCCUCACCGAGGAAAUCCAGAAGACGAUCUCCAUGCGGCAGACAGAGAUCGAAAGCGCCAUCAGGACGACGAAUAAUCAGAUCGCUGAUAUCCAAACAAGACGAGAGGAAUUUGGCCCUGUGGACCUGGCCCAGGCAGCCGCAGACCCGGAGACUGAAGCAGACAUGCUGAGACAGAUCGACGAAGAACACAAAGCACUAUAUAUAUCGCGAAGAUUGCUCAAUGAGCUCCUGAUGAGGGUGCAGGACAGUACUAUUGUGAAUGUUCUGGCGAGGAACGAGAAUAAUUCGAUGCGUGUGACAUUUGGGAAUCAGAACUCUGGCCUCCAGAUCGGUGUCAGCAACGGUCCUAUCACCGGGAUCAGUUUUGGCUCAAAUGAGCGUCUGAAUGCCAUGUGA